UCUAGUAUGAUGACAGUAGAAGAGCUCAGCUCAGCUGGUGUUGUUGAUGUGGCUCAGUGCGGAUGUCAGACAUGGAAAAGUGAAAUAAUUCCGAUUAAAUUCUCAGAGUCAUUAAAUUCAGCGCAGAAACUCAGACAGACGGCGCGCGGGCAGUAUGUUUAAAGGCUGGAGCACGUGGCUGGGCGCGGAGCCCGUCAAUGAAGAGAAAACAGACAAACACGAAAUAGAAGAAGAGGGAGACAUAAACACAGAUCGGACAGAACAAACACAUGAGAUCCUACAGCAAGCCAAAGGACUCAGCGGUUUCAUUCUGAACUUUGCGAGUAACGCGACUAAGAAGAUCUCGGAGUCUGUGUCCGAGACAGCGCAAACCAUCAAGAAGACUGUAGAGGAGAGCAACAUCGACGGCAUAAUAGACAAGACCAUUUUAGGAGAUUUCCAGAAAGAGCAAGAAAAAUUUGUCCAAGAGAAGAAUGCAAAGAAAACAGACGCAGCGGUGCCGCCUUGGGUCGGGUACACUGAGGAAGAAACUAUUCAACAGCAGAUUCUAGCUUUAUCUGCUGAUAAGCGUAACUUUCUGCGUGACCCUCCGGCUGGCGUUCAGUUUAAUUUCGACUUCGAUCAGAUGUAUCCUGUUGCCCUGGUGAUGUUACAGGAAGAUGAAUUACUCAACAGGAUGCGCUUUGACCUCGUACCGAAACAGGUGAAGGAGGACGUGUUCUGGAGGAAUUAUUUCUACCGCGUGUCUCUGAUAAAGCAGUCGGCGCAGCUCACCGCUCUCGCCGCUCAACAGCAGGCUGCUGAUAAGAAAGAAGAGGAAAAUAAUGGAGCGACUCGAAUGGAGCUGAACGAGACCAUCCCAGAGAGCAUCAGACCGAAAACGCCUCCUGUCGCCAUCAGCGCUAAACCCAAAAUUAACGAGCAUGAAGAAGAGGAGAUCUCCACCAGUCCUGGUGUUUCUGAGUUUGUGAGUGACGCGUUUGACGCCUGUGACAUCAACCAGGAAGAUCUGAGGAAAGAGAUGGAGCAACUGGUGCUCGACAAGAAGACCUCCCCUCAAGACGAGGAGGCGGCUGAUUGGGAGAAGGAGCUACAGCAGGAACUGCAGGAGUACGAGGUCGUCGCUGACCCAGAAAAUCGAGACGACAACUGGGACCGUGAGAUCAUGGAAAUGCUGCAGGCAGACAGCUAAAGCAUUACAGCACCCCUCUGGUGUGGAGGAUCCACUGCGGCACUGCAGUUUAAAUGAAGGACCAGCAUGAGACUUUCUCGUGAAUCUGACUGAAAUGAAUGAUCAGGAUGUCCUAUAAGAAUGUUUGCUGUCCGACUUUUAAGAUAUCAAGAAUCAUGAUAUUUAGCAGUAGAGGGAUCUGGUGUCGUGCCAAUAUGCACAUUUAAAAAGGUUCCUCUGUCUGAUUGUAGCCAGACUUUUGUGGUUAGUGAGAACUUUUAAAUCAAAUUAGAUUUUCUGAUUUAAUCUUUCUGUGUCAUUUUGGGUUGAAUUUAUUCUUUUGUGUUCGACACGAACUCAGAAGACUGACUGUCGUUUUCAAACACUGUUGUCACCGCUAAACAAAUAUACACCGUCUGUAUGGACUGUAUGUUUCUUUUUCACUGUUGGCUCCAUACCUGUAAAAUCAAUCAAUAUUUUAAUGUAUGUUAAGGGUGAGAUUUAUUAUAACUUUGUUGAUG